CAAAUUUGACUUGUUUUUUAUUUGUGUUUAUGGUUAAGUUUCAUGUCAUUUUCUUGUAUUCUAUUUUCUGGGCUUUCUUCAAAAAGCUCUAGAAUUGUUUUGACUUUUUUGUUAUAGCCAGAGUUAAGAGUAUUUAUUGAUGCUUAUUAGUCAUUAUGAUGAUGAUGCCAAAUUUCAUAGUUUGUGCUAUUUUGUACUUGGUGCAAGUUAGUCAACUUUUAGAUCCCUAGUCUUUUUGAUUUAGUCUGCUCUGGUUAUCUGGGAAAGUCUGAGUUUUUAGUUUGAAAAGUAAAAAACAGGAAAAAAAUAAAUAAAUAUAGAAGCACAAUUAGUUGAAUUUUGGUAUUUUAGUACAUGAUCAUGAGAGUUUGGUGGUUAUUGUUUUGUGUCAUUGUGACAUGUUGGUUGUUACCUCAAACAUGUUUGUCAAGUGUCCGAAAAAUAGGGAAAGUGAGUCCUGGUUUUAAAGGGUCUCAAAUGCAAUACAUUGACAAUGAUGGUUUGUUCCUUGUAUCAAAUACAUCAAGUUUCGGGUUUGGUUUCAAUCCCAAUACCGAUAUAACGUCGUUUACUGUAGUUAUUAUCCACAUGGUGAGUUCAAGGAUCAUUUGGUCCGCGAAUAGGGGGUCUGCUGUUGGUAAUUCUGAUAACUUUGUAUUUGGUGAUGAUGGUAAUGCUUAUAUAGAAAGUAAUGGAAAAGUUAUUUGGAGUACUAAUACGAAUGGGAAAGGGGUUUCUUCUAUGGCAUUGCUUGAUUCAGGCAACUUGGUUUUGGUUGGGAGUGAUGGUGGUGUUGUUUGGCAAAGUUUUAGCCAUCCAACAAACACACUUAUGCCGAAUCAAGAUUUUAGUGAAGGGAUGAAGCUUGUAAGCAAUCGAAAAAGCAAUUUGUCGUUUUCGUUAGAGAUUAAGUCUGGUGACUUGAUUUUAUCAGCUGGUUUUCGUAAUCCUCAGCCAUAUUGGGCUAUGGGUAAUGAUAAGAGGAAGAUUAUUAAUAAAGAUGGCGGAAAGAUUAUAUCCGCCAUCAUUGAUGGCAAUUCUUGGAGGUUUUAUGAUCAAACCAAAGUGUUUUUAUGGCAGUUUGUGUUUGCAGAUGGUACUGAUGCUAACACUACAUGGGCUGCAGUUUUAGAAGAUGAUGGGUUCAUUAGAUUCUAUAAUCUCCCUGGAAAAACCAAUGGAAACAAUGUAAUACCCGGUGAUUCGUGUGGUACACCUCAAUCGUGUUCACCUUAUCUUGUAUGCCAUGAGGGAAAAACUUGUCAAUGCCCCUCUGGACUAAGUGAAAUCAACUGCAAACCUGGUGUUGUGUCUUGUCCUGCUUCAAAAGAUAAAAUUACUCUAAUCAAUGCAGGUGAAGGUAUGACCUAUUCGGCUCUUGGGUUUGUAGCACCCUCCUCAAAGACAAGUUUAGAAGGGUGCAAAUCAUCGUGUUUGGGUAACUGUUCUUGUUUGGUUAUGUUCUUUGAUAAUAAUUCAGGAAGUUGCUAUCUGUUUGAUCAAAUUGGGAGUUUUUCAGACGCUAAAAGUGGGGUCGGUUAUGAAUCAUAUGUUAAGGUUUCAAAAACUUCACAAAGGAAAAAGAAAGACUCGACAGCAGUCAUCAUUGCUAUAGUUGUAGCCACCGUGUUUGUAAUUGUUAGCCUUGUAUUCAUUGGGGUUCGAUGGUCCAAGAAGAAAAACGCCCCUGCAGAUAAGUUGGAUGAAACAUCAGAAGAGGAUAAUUUCCUGGAGAGUAUAUCCGGAAUGCCAAUUCGUUUUACUUACUUAGACCUUCAACAAGCCACGGAUAACUUCAGUAAGAAGCUUGGUCAAGGAGGGUUCGGUUCUGUUUAUGAAGGAGUCUUAAAAGACGGGACCCGGCUUGCGGUCAAACAGCUAGAAGGGAUUGGUCAAGGAAAGAAAGAGUUUCGUGCUGAAGUAAGCAUCAUCGGUGGGAUUCACCAUCACCAUUUGGUUCGGCUUAAAGGGUUCUGUGCAGAAGGGGCACACCGGCUUCUUGUUUAUGAGUACAUGGCUAAUGGGUCGUUAGACCGGUGGAUUUUCAAGAAAAAGAAAACUGAGUUUUUGUUGGAUUGGGAUACACGAUAUAACAUCGCAGUAGGUACUGCAAAAGGACUUGCAUACCUUCAUGAAGAUUGUGAUGUAAAGAUUGUUCAUUGUGAUAUCAAGCCUGAAAACGUACUACUUGAUGCUAACUUCCGGGCUAAAGUUUCAGACUUUGGUUUGGCCAAGUUAAUGACAAGAGAACAAAGCCAUGUUUUCACAACUAUGAGAGGUACAAGAGGGUACUUAGCGCCAGAAUGGAUCACAAGUUAUGCGAUAUCUGAAAAGAGUGAUGUUUAUAGCUUUGGGAUGGUCCUACUUGAAAUCAUCGGAGGCAGGAAAAACUACGACUCUUCAAUGAUUUCUGAGAAAUCCCAUUUUCCAUCUUACGCCUUUAAGAUGAUGGAAGAAGGAAACUUACAAGAAAUCUUUGACCAGCAAAUGAAAAUUGACGAGAAAGAUGAUCGUGUGAUGGUUGCUAUACAAGUGGCUCUAUGGUGCAUACAAGAUGAUAUGAACCUUAGGCCUCCAAUGACCAAAGUGGUUCAAAUGCUUGAGGGUUUGUGCCCGGUGCCAACACCGCCAAUGGCAUCUCAGACCGGUUCCAGGCUGUACACGGGGUUGUUUAAAUCUGUUAGUGAAGAAGGGACGUCAUCAGGGCCGUCUGAUUGUAACAGUGACGCGUAUUUAUCUGCUGUCCGCCUCUCAGGGCCAAGAUAGCAUAUGUACGUGUAUAUAUAUAUAUAUACAUAUUAUAUGAUUGUAGAUCAUACGUGUACGUGAAUUUUUGUAAUGAUAGUAGUUAUAUGUAAUCUGUUGAAAUAAAUUUUGGUGUUCCGUUCA